CCUCUCUCAGGGCUCUAAUCAAUUUAUAUAUCUAAUUAUUUAGAUACACUAAAUAAUAUAUAUAUAUAUAUUUUAAAUUUAUGACGACUUCGUGUCACCACCGGUUAACCGCCGGUGCCGCAGCGCCUAAUGGUCCGCUUCAUUGCCGGCCAAGAACGCCGGAAAUUUUAUCUCUUCCUUUCAGCCGCAAUUACGCAAAUCAAAGUCUAGGUAUUAUUUUGAGAUCUCAAAAAUCUUCCAAACCAUUUAUUGUCGAGGCGGUGGGACCCAGCGGUGUAUGGAACCGAUCAGAUGACGGAAAUCAAUCCGAGAAGGCGGGGCCCUGCUUGUAUUCGGUCGGGGAUCAGGCGAUAGGAGAUGUGGCGGGGAAAAGUGGGAGCAGCGAUCGGGCGGUGGAGAUAAACAGUAUUGGAAGGAGUAGGACUACGAGUAAGAAUAGAAAAUUGGAGGUGGCGGUUGCUGUGGCGGCUACGGUGAUCUUAGGUGUGGGAAACCGGGUUUUGUAUAAACUGGCACUGGUUCCGCUCAAGCAUUAUCCUUUCUUUCUCGCUCAGCUCGCGACUUUCGGAUAUGUCCUUGUAUACUUCACUAUCUUGCAUAUCCGGUACAAUGCUGGACUUGUCACAGAUGAGAUGCUUUCCCUGCCAAAAGCACCAUUUCUUCUUGUAGGACUUUUGGAGGCUCUUGGUGCUGCAGCAGGAAUGGCAGCUGCAGCAAUGCUUUCUGGAGCAUCAAUUCCAAUUUUAUCUCAGACCUUUCUUGUUUGGCAGAUUCUCUUGUCAAUUACUUUUCUUGGGAGGAGAUAUAAAGUCAAUCAGCUACUUGGAUGCUUCCUUGUUGCCAUUGGCGUGAUUAUAACUGUAGCAAGUGGAUCUAGUGCCAGUCAUUCAAUCAAGGAUGCAGGCAUAUUUUGGAGUCUUCUGAUGAUAUUCUCUUUUCUAUUGCAAGCGGCUGAUACAGUACUGAAGGAGUUUAUUUUUCUGGAUGCUGCUCGGCAGUUAAAGGGAGGUUCAGUGGAUCUGUUCGUUGUAAAUUCCUAUGGAUCUGCUUUCCAAGCACUGUUUGUAUGUCUUCUUCUUCCUUUCAUGUCAAAAUUAUGGGGUAUACCAUUUAGUCAGCUUCCAAGCUAUCUCAAAGAUGGGGCAGUUUGUUUUCUAAACAUUGGUAGUUUAUCAAGUGGAUGUGAUGGUGCGCCUCUGCUGCCUUUGCUGUUUGUUCUUGUCAACAUGGGUUUUAACAUAUCAUUGCUGCACCUCCUCAAGAUUUCUUCCGCUGUUGUAUCUUCCCUUGCUUCAACAUUUUCAGUGCCAAUCUCUGUAUAUGUGUUCACGUUGCCGCUGCCAUAUCUUGGUGUUGCAUCCUCCCUUCCAACCGGCUUUGUUGCAGGAGCCAUCAUCCUUGUUUUGGGCUUGUUUAUCUAUGCAUGGACGCCAAAUGGCAGAUCGAAAAUCUCAACUUCACCAUCUCCUAGCUAGUAGAGAUAUAUGUAUACAUAUAUAUUUAUGUGCGCAGUCACAAUUACCAUUUUCAAGCUCAGAAAAUGGUGCGAGCUGGCAAUUCAGCUAGGACUAAUAUUAAGUAUGAAGGAAAAAAGAUUAUGUUGUUGUUGUUGUAAUCAUAAUCUAAGGUCCAAUGUAAAAUGGAAAAUUGGAGAAUGUUGAUUCUUUGUACCAUCAUAUAUGUCAAUGAUGGUUAAUCAUCUGUCUGUGUGAGCCAAACAAGGAUGCGGCAAAGUAAAUCUUGGUGAUCUCACUAAUAGAUAAAGAAACCCAAGUUUCCGCUUCUGGUCUA